GUUCUGCCAGCUGUCCCACAUCUCAAGUCGCAAACCGCACCAGGAGGCAUCUGUGAAAUUAGUCGAUAGGUUGUCGAUAUAGGCUCGCAGGAAGCACACGGAAUAAAAAAAGACCAUUUAAAUCUUCCAUCGGAGAGGAAAAGUUUUGUCCCAGCGGAAAUAAGUGACAUUGCCAGGCACUGCCAGUUCCAAAACGAGAAUGGGCGACGCGAGUGAGAACCAGACCGAGCCAGAGCCCGAGCCCGAGCCCGAGCCCAUGCCGGUGGAGGAACCAGACUCUCGAGACUCUGAGAAAAUUGACUUGUCAUUAGAUGAAAUAAUCAAAAGGAACAAGAAAGAACAGAGGGAAAAUAAUAAGGCUACAAGGGCCAAAAAUAAAAGGCUGGCAAACAGAAACAAUGUCCUGAAGAAAUUAAACAAAGCGGGCCAGCAAUCAGGUGUCUUUUCCAGAAGAGGUGCCUAUCAAUUCCAAGGAUCUUACAGGUCAGGGCUCACAGGGACAGCUUUCCGAGGCUUCUACAGGAGGAGAGGAUUUGGUUUUAGCAGAGGAGCCUUUCGUGGAACAGGAAUAAGCCCACUGAACAGAACUGCAAUGAAUGCCAAGGCUGCUGGACAGUUUGAUCAGACAAAAUUUGCAUUCAGGGGUGCUUUUUCUCGACCAUAUCGUGGACGAGGACAAGCUUUUGGAAGGGGAAGGUAUACGGCACAGUUCCAGGCAAACACCAAUGGAAGGGGAGGCAGGCCCUUUGUCUUGAACAGAGCAUUCCCUACUGCCAGAGGGAGAGGAAAACAGGAGCGAUUUCAGAAAGUCAGAGGCUGGAAUAGAGCGCCAUCUGGUGGCUCCCUGUUGACUGUGUCACUACCCAACUCAAAAUCUGCCAGCGAACCCGGGGUGCGAUCAAAUGCAGGGGGCUCAUCAGAGACUGGCGGUCCUUUCCGCCAGCCCAAAGGCAUUCCUCUACACUUCAACUUCAAAGCAAUGACCAAUCAGACGGCUGUGACACUGAACGACCGAUUCACCACCCUGAAUAUCUGGAAUCGAGGCCAAAGGCCGCGCAGAGGUGAAGCCAGAGGAAGAGGUCGUGGACGAGGAGGAAGAGGAGGAGAAAGAGGGGGACAAAGAGGAAGAGGAGGGGCAGUCAGUAGAGGCGGGGGAAUUGGAAGAGGAAGGGGGUUUGGAGGAGGAAGAGUAGGAAGAGGAAGAGGAGGGAGAGGUAGCAGAGGAGGAGGAAGAGGUGGAGGAGUUAGAGACGAUCGGACUGUCACCCUUCAGGGAUUAGCGUAGAGAAGAGUUUCUGCUCUCUUGUUUACCAUACACUCGCGGAAGGUUGGAGGAGAUUUGGCUUUGUGUCACCUUGUUACUGUAAUACACCAAUGAAGCGUCAGAACGUGGCAACCAACCAAGAGUUUGAGAAAGACUGCCGAUUCAGUGUAGCAGUGUACAUUUAGAGUUCAGGAUGUAGCGUGUCAAAUUAUAAAUGUUUUUUUAAGAACAUGGGUAGAGUGCUGUGCAGUGUAGUAAGAAAAACAUAAUAAUACCUGAAACAAACAAAUGAAGUAUGCAUCAAAUACAACUGGAAAUGUUUUCUGGAGUAGGCCUAUCUCUUUUACGGCUUUGUCAGAGUGAUUUAAUGGUAGACCCAAAUACAGAUCUGAACUGGUCAAAUUUCAUGAAAACAUUUAGAAAUGUUGUCCUUUUUUAAGUCAUUCAAGAGGACAGACUCAGCUGUAUACAUGUACAUCGCCUCAUGUUGAUAAUUUUGCUAACUUCUGUGAAGAAGAGAGGGGGAGACUUCAAUGUAUUUGGUUUUAAAUAGGCUAUAGUUUUAAAAAAAAUGCUUGUCAUGAAACAGUUUUGUAUUUGAGUUAUUUUCAUUAUUAUUGUUUUUUUUUUCCAAACGUUUUAUCUUUGAUGAAUUUAUUGUAAAUAUGGACGGAAAUAAAAGUAUUGCUGUGGUAAUGUAGUGGUUCAUGUCCAGUAGAGAACAUUAUUUAGCCCUAGACUAGACCCACUCAUAUUGUAAUAUAGCACUCUCAGGUCUUUGGUUUUGAUGAUUUUAUUUUAUAUAUGGAGGAAAAUA